AUGUCAGGAGUGGUCAUGGCUCGUACAAAACAAGAGGAUAGUACAUUCAGAGAGGUGUUGGACGAGUUGGAGGCUCUCAGGGUUGAAAACGAGCGUUUGCGACAUGGAACCGGCGAAACAUCCGUACCCUCUCAGCCUGCAGUGCUAGCGUAUACCAGCAAAGUCUUUUACAAAGUUGGACAGACACUGUAUUUGGAUGAGCCGCGUUGGGAGCCCGCUGAAGGAUCUGGCGUCGUGUUACUGGCUAACAAUCCGAUCCGGAAUAUUGAUCACUAUCUAGAUCAACACCCCGAGAUAGCCUUCGCCAUCUACAAGGAAUACAAACAGACCCCACCUUCGGAUCGCAGUAAGAUCGAAACCAAGGACGGUGUCUACCGCUCUCCUACACCCGCGCAUGAAUUCCUCUCGAUCAUAGCCGACGACAUGCUGGAUGCGGUGGAAGAGUUAGUCCAGCAGAUACCUAAGUUUGGCGACUACUUCCCGUACUUCGACCCUGAAGGGCAAAUCCUGGCACCGUAUCUUUUCAUGUAUUACAGCGCACCGUUCAUUCCCGAAAUACUACCCGAUCUGGAUAUACCCAGUCAAAACCUGAUUAGGCAAUUGCAAUCCGCAAUUGAAAAAAGCUAUGGGUACGAAUACGACUCAGCGAAGCUCCAAGCAGAGAAAGGAAGAGUAUCGCGCAAACACCUCAAAUAUCUCAUUCAACCUGGGGAUGUCCUCGUUAGUAACGGAUCAGGGGGCAACAUUCCCCAGGCAUGUAUUGCUACAAGCUGGAUUGAACGUCCAGAGAUCACGCUCGACGAGUCUCAGUACGAGGAGUCCGACUUCAUCCAGAGGAAGCGCAUCCCAAGAUAUGGUCCUCUCGCCAAUUCUGCAUCCAGUCGCAAAUUGAUCACUUGUACUUGGCAGGUUCCGAUGUGGUUCUGGGAAUUCGACGGCUCCUUCGCAAAACAUGAGGCUAGCAUAGACAUCAAGAUGUCUCUGGGAUAUGAGGAAGAGACAAUUGCAAUCAGAGAUCUCAAUUUCUACCCUCUUCGAUAUGCGAGUGAAGAGAUGAGAUCACUGCUUGAGAAAAGAGGUAGGACAUUUUGGUCGCUUCGAAACAGACAGUUUGUAUCUUAUGUGCGCUCUAAAGAAGACGAGCUCUACAACAUUGAGGAAAGAUAUAUGGUCGACACGAAGGCGUACAAAAUGCUGUUUCCUCUUUCAGAGAUUGCGAAACUACGCUGUGUAGAUGAUCUUGGCAUCGCAGCCAUGGCACGCGAUCAACCGCCCGAAGACGGUGGUGCGCUUUUGGUCAUGCCGGAGACUAUCAUGGCUCACAAUCUGCAGGAGAAACACUGGAGAGAGCUUUUCGUCGACCGUAUCACUGACGUAGUAUGGAACAAGCAAGCUUUCAAGGAUCUUGUCGCCGAACCAGAAACCAAGGAACUGGUGCAAGCGCUUGUUAUGAAGCAAAUCAACGCCAAGAAGUCGACGGACUUUGUGGCUGGCAAAGGCAAUGGACUGAUCAUGCUUUUGCAUGGAGCACCUGGAACCGGCAAGACAUUCACGGCUGAGGGUGUUGCUGAGUUUGCAGAGAAGCCGUUGCUUCGUGUGACUUGCGGUGAUGUAGGAACAGAUGCUGAGGUUGUUGAUCAGCGACUGCGCGCCACGUUCCAACUAGGGAAGAUGUGGGACUGUGAUGAGGCAGAUGUCUUCCUCGAGGAACGUGACAUGAAAGACCUGAAGAGAAAUGCUUUGGUAUCCGUGUUCCUCCGUGCCCUCGAGUACUACGAUGGUAUUCUGAUACUGACUUCCAACCGCGUUGGUACUUUUGACGAAGCGUUCAAGUCUCGCAUUCAGCUAGCCCUGCACUACGACAACCUUGGCCUUGUUCAGCGCAAGAAGAUCUGGCGCAACUUCAUCGCGCGUAUGAAAACGCUCGAUGAAUCUUCUUCCGACGACCUGGAAGAUAUCCUCGACCACAUCGACGAUCUGAGCAAGGAACCGAUGAACGGACGAGAGAUUCGCAAUGCGAUCACUAUUGCGAGACAGUUGGCCCAGUUCAGAGAGCAACCUUUCCAGUACUCACAUCUCAAGCAUGCUAUCAACGUUGGCAACCGGUUUAGCAAGUAUCUGAAGGAUCUGAGAAUGAACUACACGGAUGACAUGAUCAAACAAGAUAGCGGGAUCAGGUUUUCCUAUACAGCAGCACCGGCGGGAAUUGAGUAA